AUGUCGCCCGCUCCAACUUCAGCCCCAACUCCUGCGUCGGUCUCUCUGUUUGACCUCAACGCGGAUGCUCUGGUCUUUCGGGGCCUGAGCUUGGUGAGCCACGCGCCCGAGGAGGCUCUGGCCCAGGCCCCGCAUACUUCUGUCCAGGUAUCUGGGAAGCAAGCCCAGAAAGAAAACUACUUACUUCAGGAUCCUCCAGGUAUUUCACAGAAGUUAUACUGUUCAACCUGUGACCAGACCUUCCAGAACCAUGAGGAACAGAGAGAACAUUAUAAGCUUGACUGGCACCGGUUUAACUUAAAGCAGCGUCUUAAGGACAAUCCUCUCCUGUCUGCCCUGGACUUUGAAAAGCAGAGCUCCGCAGGCGAUCUUUCCAGUAUCUCGGGAUCAGAAGACUCAGAUUCAGCCAGCGAGGAGGACUUGCAGAUAUUUGAUGAGGAGAGGGCUGAAUUUGAGAAGCCUAAUCGACCACGAGGCUUCCACCCUCAUCGAGUUCUUUUCCAAAAUGCGCAGGGCCAGUUCCUCUCUGCCUACCGUUGUAUCCUAGGCCCUCGCCAGGUGCCCCCAGAAGAUACAGAACUCCUGCUACACAGCCUGCAAAGUGGAGGUCCCAGAUACUGCGUGGUGCUCAUGGCUGCAGCUGGGCACUUUGCUGGUGCCAUUUUCCAAGGAAGAGAAGUGGUGGUACACAAAACCUUUCAUCGCUACACUGUGCGGGCCAAACGGGGCACAGCCCAGGGGCUUCGGGAUGCCCGAGGUGGGGUUUCUCGCUCUGCUGGUGCCAACCUAAGGCGCUAUAAUGAAGCCACACUACAUAAGGAAGUUCGUGACCUGCUGGCGGGGCCAGGCUGGGCUGAGGCACUGAGGGAGGCUGGGACCAUUCUGCUGCGUGCCCCCCGUUCUGGCCGAUCCUUGUUCUUUGGAGGCCAUGGGGCACCCCUGCAACAGGGGGAUCCCCGACUUUGGGACAUCCCUAUUGCCACCCGCAGACCUACCUUCCGAGAACUACAGAGUGUGCUUCAUAAGCUGACCACUGUGCAUGUCCACGACCUCCAGGAGACAGUCAGAUUGGACUCAGCUCAAACACACUGGAAAACAAUGAAAGAGGAGAGGAAGAAGGCUAUUGAAGAAAAAAGAAGAAAGGUCCCCAGUGAUGAAAAUGAAGCACUUGGGCAAAAUGCAGUAUCUCCCAAACAGGGUUCAGGGUCAGAGGGAGAGGACAGCUUCCAGGGGGAGUUGGAAUUGGUAGAGAUGACAAUGGGGACCCUGGAUCUUCGUGAGUUUGAGGUAUUACCCAAGCAGAGCAGGAAGAAAAGGAACAAGAAGGAGAGAAGCCGGUACCUGGAGGCUGGAACACAUGGGACGCUCCCCCAGCAACCUCAAGAAGAUGAGGCCCUCCCAGAGUCAGCUCAGGCAGACAUAGCCCCCUUGGGGCCUUCACUGGAUGAGGUCAAGUCCUGUGGUCAGCCAGAGCUUUGGGGUGUGCUUCUAGCUGCUUGCCGAGCCGGAGACGUUGGGACGCUGAAACUCCAGCUAGCUGCCAGCCCCAUAGACCCUGGAGUUACAUCUCUGCUCAGUGCCCCCUUGGGCUCCAGUGGCUUUACACUCCUGCAUGCAGCAGCCGCAGCUGGGAGAGGUUCAGUGGUUCGCCUGCUGCUGGAGGCAGGUGCUGACCCCACUGUGCAGGACUUCCAGGCCCGGCCACCGUACACAGUUGCAGCUGACAAAUCAACACGUAAUGAGUUCCGAAGAUUCAUGGAGAAGAAUCCAGAGGCCUAUGAUUACAACAAGGCUCAGGUGCCAGGGCCACUGACACCAGAGAUGGAAGCACGGCAGGCCAGACGGAAAAGGGAACAGAAGGCAGCCCGGCGGCUACAGGAGGAAAAGCAGCGGAAGCAACAGGAGCAGGAGAAGCGGGAACAAGCAGAGCAGCAGAGAUUUGCUGCCCUCAGCGACCGAGAGAAGAGAGCUCUCGCUGCAGAGUGCCGACUAGCUGCCCAGUUAGGAGCCGCCACCUCUCAGAUCCCUGACCCAGUGAUCAUCAAUGCCCGACGCUGCUGGAGUUGUGGGGCAUCCCUCCAAGGCCUCACUCCCUUUCACUACCUUGACUUCUUUUUCUGCUCCACACGCUGCCUCCAGCAUCAUCGUUCUCAGGCUAGGAGGCCCUCUUCCUGA